AUGACUCAGGCGCCUAGUGAUGACCUUCGCUGUCUAGUGAUAUUCAUACUUUGGGAAAUUUGGAAAGCGCGGAAUUUUACUAUACGAGGGGAACCUGUAUCCUUAAGCCCGGUCUCUUCCAUCCUUUUAGAACAGCCUCCGAGUUUUGAAUUACCACAACUCUUCAUAGAUCGUGCCUUCCGCUCGUCUACAGUUGCACAUGGGGGAGGAUGGGUUCUUUGUCAUUCAAAUAGAAGUUUACUCUUGCAAGGUAGUAGCCGUUUCAAUGCUUCGUCCGCUUUAGAAGUUGAGACAAGGACUUGCUGGCUGGCACUUAUGGUGGUGCUCGAACAGGGAUUUGAUCGCCUCAUCUUGUUCUCCGAUUGUCAGACCUUGGUCCAAACCUUUUUGGAUUCCACACAGACACCGCAAGAAGUAGCUUCUUUAUUUUAUGAUAUUCGCAUCCUUAGAUGUAUGUUUCGUUCUCUUUGUGUUGUUAAGACUUCUAGAUCACAGGUGAAUGCUGCACAUAUCCUUGCUCAGAGAGUAUGUGUCGCAUCUGUUGUAUAA